AUGAAGCGAUUCGUAGUGAUUUUCUUCGUGGCAGCAGUUUUGACUCUGGCAUCGGCGAACAUGUCGUCCAUGCUGGAGAUUCAGUGGCAGAGCAACUUCACGAGGCCGGAAUCGAGAGUCAUCGAAGGAACAGAAGCCGCGGAGGGCCAGUUUCCUUACCAAGUGCGCAUCUCCAUCGUCGGGGCCAUCAUCAUAAUGGGAUGGUGCGGAGGAAUGAUCAUUGCGCCCAACUGGGUCCUCACGGCGGCUCACUGCGUUAAAGGGGACUUUCCCAUCUUCCUCCUGGACUAUAUCGUCUUCUACAUAGAAGCGGGGUCAGUGGAAGCAAAUGAUCCGGAACAGGAUACGCACGCACUAUGGCUCAACGCACAUGCGCAUCCGGAGUACAGUUCCACGACUUUAUUUAACGACAUCGGUUUGCUGAAAACCGACAAGGCCUUUGACUUUACAUCACCAAACGUGAAACCGAUCGCACUGGUGGCUAGAGGAACUCCUAUAGGAUCCUUAGUGGGUCUGGACAUAACAGUGUCAGGAUUUGGUGCCACUGCCAAUGGCGGAUCAAUUUCACCCGUUCUGCGCUUCGCGGUACUGAAAGUCAUAUCGUUCGUUGAGUGCCAGGGCCAAUAUGUGGGUGACACACUGCCACCAAUGUCCAUCUGUGCACAGGAUAAAAUUGCUCCAAUUAGUGCAGUGUGCUCAGGUGAUUCCGGAGGUCCUGCAACGUACUAUUCUGGAGGAAAAUUGCGUGCAUACGGAGUUAUUUCCUAUGCUACAGAUCAAGGAUGUGACGUAGCAGCGCAAGGAUUUACAUAUAUCGCUUUAUACAUUCCAUGGAUUGAAACUGUGACAGGACUUCAUUUUUAA